AUGGCUGCGGCAGGACUGCUAUCUGUCCGCGGAUUUCUGUUACUAGUGUUUCUGAAUGCAGUGACUGUCUCAGCAUAUCGCUGGUACAAUUGGCAAUUUGCUACCACUUGUGAAUCCACUAGGCACAUCGUGCCCGAUGACGAAGCAGACCUUGCAGCAUUCGUCAAGCAGCAGUAUCCGCAACGUGACUCGUAUAUCAUCAGUCUUACGAACUUGAAAAAUGUGACAAUCCACGACAAUAACACGGUCACUUUUGGUGCUGGUUGGGACCUUGUGGAUCUCAUCCCAAUGCUUCGCUCGCACAACUUGCAACCCUUAAACCUCGGCACUGAAAGAGUCCAGAAUUUCAUUGGUGCAUUCACUCCUGGCACCCAUGGCACUGGAAAGAAUCUGGGCAAUAUUGCAACUCAUGUUAUUGGCUUCCGUGUGAUGGAUGCAACUGGCAAGAUCCACAAGGUGGAUCAUUAUAACCAGCCAGAAGAACUGAAGGCGUUCAGGAUUUCCCUUGGCGCCCUCGGUCUGAUCACAGAGGUUACUAUCCAGGUGGAGCCGAUCUCGUACUUGAAGCGCACCACUGAGUUGAUUCCAGCAAGCCCAAACUUCACUCAGUUGUAUACAGAUGUAUACGAUUACUAUCAGAAGUAUGAUCGAAUGAUGGUGUGGGGUCCUCACAUGGACUGGGAUCCUAUCAAUUCAAACUGGAAAAUGGAAUCAAAUUUGACUAUCACUUACUGGGAGAACAGUACUGACACCGGUGUAUAUAAUUGCUCAACAAAUUAUUGCGCUAAUGGUUGUGGUGACUGUGAACGUCCCUACGUCUGCUAUGAUGUGGCAACAGAGGCCAUCUCCACACCUCCCCAGGGCGUAUGCAGUCGCUCGUUCUACGCAGAAAUUGAACAUUUCUUCCCAGUGGAGGACUUCGUGGAGGGGGCAACAAACUACACAAAUUUCCAACUUUCCCAGACGCCAAGGAUGAAAGACUACAACAACCACCAGAUGGUCUAUGAAUUGCGGUUUGUGAAGGGUGAUGACACAUGGAUGUCACCAGUUAACACCUACAAUCUUGGGCCCGAGCACAGCGGCAUCUUUGCUGUCAUUGAGAUUGACUGGUAUGCAACCUACAAUAACUAUGGCUCACUCUGGUUCUACCAGACCCUUGCUCAGGAGUUCAUUCCUGAAUUUGGGCACAUUUAUAACGUGCAUUCACACUGGAACAAGAUGUUGUGGUUUAAUAAAACAUAUGCUGAGUACAUUUAUCCUGAGCUAGAGAAGUUUCUAAUAAUCCAGGAGAGAAUGGAUCCACAUUGCCAGUUCGUGAAUGAAUUCUUGGUUAAUUCACUAGGCAUCAAUCGCUGUCGGGGCAUCUGCCCGCCAUAG